AUGUUUAAAGGAAUAAAAAAUACAGUAAAAUAUAUAAGCAAAGGUACCCCUAAAAGAAGUGUAAAUAAAAAUUUUGAUGAAAUAGAAAUAGAAAAUACAUGGAAGUUAUUUUUAGAAUAAUUAAAUUAUAAUUCAGAUGUAUAAAAUGAAAUUGAUAAUGAAAAAUCAGCUUUAACAUCUGCAAUAUUAGACUGCAAGUAAUUAAUAAAGGAUGAAUUUUAUAAAGAUAUUGAACCAAAACCUGAUAAGCAAGCAAUAUUAAAGAAAUUUAUAAUAUUUUUACAAUACGCGAUAGAAGACAUAACAAAUAAAAAUACAAUAAAAGUACUUUUACAAGUUUUGAGAAACAUGGUUGAAGAAAACAAAGAAAACGAAGAAGAAUAAAUAAAAAUGUAAAAUUAACUUGACUCAUUAGGGGCGACAAGAAUGGUAUUAUACGUAAUAAGUGAGAACCAUAAAAAUUUAGAUUCAGAAAUGCUUAUUUAAUUUUUGAAUUUUGUAAAUACUUUAUUAGAAGGAGGAAAUGUGAAAGUUUAAAAAACUUUAUUUGAGUUUUAUACUACACAUUAAAAAUCAGAAGUUAUAUUUAAAAGAUUUAAUCAUAUUAUUAGGAAGCAAAUCACUAUUAUAGAAUAAAAAGCUAAAGAAAAAAGUAAAGCUAGAUCGAACACGAUGAAUUUGAUAUAAGAUGAAUUAGACAGCUCUAAUGAUUAAACUGAUAUUGAACUUCUAGAAUUUGUGCUUAAUUUCUUAUAACUAUCUUGUGAAGGACAUAAUCUUAAGUUGUAAAAUUAUGUCAGAUAAUAAACUAAUUCUAGAAAUAAUUAUGAUAUGAUUAAUGCUAUUGCAGAUUUGUUAAAAACAUAUUAUUAUGAUGCAAGAACUUAACAAAUGUAUGAGAAUAUGAUUAAAUGUCUUGAUACUUUAAAUGAAUUCGUUUAAGGACCUUGUUUAGAGAAUUAAAUUGCUGUGUCUGAAAGUAAGUUUUUUGAAAUUGCGAAUGAUAUUUUUACUAUUAAAAGAAAUAUUUAAGAGAAUCCUAUUUCUUAAUAAAUUACUAUGAAAUCUAAAGAAUCGUUAAAAUAAUCUAUUACUUAAAAAAAAAAUUAAAAAAUAAAAAGUAAUGAAGGAUUAGAAAAUUGGAUGAUUUAUAGAAUGCAAAACAAAUGUCUUAUUUUAAUUUUAAGUUUGCUGGAAAUGAGAUAUAUAAAUGAAAAUAAUAUAAUUAUCAAAAAAAUUAUGAGAAAUCUUCCUUUAUCUUUACUUGAACCUUAAUUAGUAGAAAUUUAUAAAUUAUAUUAAGCAGCUUACGGAGAAAAUUAUUAAGAAGAGUGCUUAGAAUAUCUAUCAAAAGAUCCGAAAUCAAUAGUAGACGAUAAAGGUUAAAAAAAAUUAGAAUGUGUCACUUAAAAUGGAUUCUAUAUUAUAUUCUUAAUUUAAUACUAUCUUGAAUAUGAUGAUAAAUUAGAUAGUUAAAUUGUAAGUUUAUAGAAAAUGCAUAAAAAUAAAGUCUUAAAAACUGAAUAAAAUGCACUUGAAGGCCUUUUAUUCGGUGAUAAUAUUUUAGGUUAGAUAGCUUCUUUUGCAAUGAACUUUCUAAAGGAAGGUUUAUAUGCAGCCUAAUAAAUGAAAUCUUAUGCAAAUAAUAUAAUGGCUAAAGGAGAAGAAGAUGAAACUAUAAAAUAAUAAAAAGAAGAAGAAGAAAAUAAAAAAAUGCUGAAAAAAGCUUUUUUCUUUUUUAGUGAUCAUACUGCACACAUAGAUGUUGUUAGAAAUAAUUAAUUAGAAAUUGUGUUUUUUAUCUUAUUACCUUUUACCGAUUGUUUACCAAAGGAUAAAAAAAUUGAGUUUCAUGAAAAUGUUGAUAGAUAAAGUGUAAAAACUAAAGUAGGAUAUUUAAUGCAGUAAUGUAAAUCUUUUAUUGAAAUUUCAAAACAUGAGCACAAACUAAAAAUUAUUUUUUCUUAGAAUAAAUUUAUAGCAUUGUUUGCCAACUAUGUAAACUUAUGGAAAUAAUUAACUUUUACAUUGACCUUAAUUUUGAAUAUAUUCAUACUUAUAAGUUUUAAUAGUGAUUAUGAAGAUAGAAUUAACAAUUAUAGACUGUAUGACGCUUUAUCAGAUUAAAGGUUAUCAUAAGAUCGAACUGAUUAAAUAUUUGAUAUAUUAGGUAUUAUAAUGACAAUAUGUAGUAGUUUUGUAGUCUUGUUUUUUUUAUGUAAAAAUGUACCUUUAAUAGUAAAGAAAGCAUGGAGUGAUGAUAUUAAUUAAGGUUAAAAAAAUAAAAAUAUGAGAGAUUAGGGGGCAUUUAAAAUUCUAAUAAUAUUUUUAACUAAACUAUUUAAAGUAAUAUUCAUAUUCCUUUAGGAAAUAGAAGUAAUGUAUUAUAUAGCCUAUGGCGCAUUAGCUGUGCUUGGGACUGUAAUUCAUCCAUUUUUUUAUACCUUUCAUUUAACAGAAAUAUUAAUUAGAUAUCCUACCCUUAAAAAUGUAAUAAAGAGUGUUUAUAUUCCGAGAACUUAGCUUUAUUUGACUUUCGUUCUUUUCAUUAUUAUUGUUUAUACAUUUACUUUGAUUGGCUUUACUUUCUUUUAUAAGGAUUAUGAUGGAAAUUGUGAUAAUUUACUUAUUUGCUUUUUAUUUACUUUCGAUUUUACUUUUAAAGCUAAUGGAGGUAUUGGAGGAUAGUUAACAGAAAUGUGGGUAUAAAAAGAAAAAGAUAAUGAACAAGAAUAUAAUCCUAAUUUUUAAGCUGGAAGACUACUUUUCGAUAACUUUUAUAAUAUAAUUCUAGUUAUUAUAAUGGUCUAAAUUGUUGCUGGUAUCAUUGUUGAAGCUUUUGAAGAAUUAAGAGAAAAUGAACAAACUAAAAACAGAGAUAUUAGUGAUAAAUGUUUUAUUUGUGAUAAUUUAAAAACUGAUUUCAAUAGAAAAUAAGAUACUAAAGGUGGAUUUGUUGAGCAUAUUAAAUUAAAUCACUAUAUGUGGAAUUAUAUUAAGUUUAUCGCUUAUAUUUAAUGGAAAUAACCUACUGAAUAUACUGGAAUCGAAAGUUAUAUUUUCGAAAAAUGGCAAAACAAUGAUUUAUCUUGGUUUCCAUUGAAUAAAGCGAGAGAGUUAGAUGAUAAAAGAUAUGAAGAAGAUGAAGAAGAAUUAAAAUAAAUAAAUUAAAUGAAUUAAGAUAUUAUUGAUGCUAUGGAAGGACUUAAAGAAACACAUAAAAUAAUAACAAAAUUACAUAAAAAAAAGUGA